AUGUUCACGAUACUGGCGGUCCUCAAGUACAGCAGUUUGGUGCUUAGUAAAAAUCAAGUAAGAAACUGUCUAGCGCGAAUGAAGGACGAUUGGCGAAAUGUCAUAAGUACUAGUGCUCGUAAUUCCAUGAUUCAUAAAGCCAUGACUGCAAGACGUUUGCUCAUUCUGUGCAGCAUAUUCAUGUACAUAUCUGGCUUAUAUUUUCGUACAAUCGUGCCGUUAAGCAAGGGAAAAACGAUCACCAAUCAGAACGUCACAAUCAGGCAUUUGCCAUGCCCGAGUUAUUUUGUUCUAUUUAACGGGCAAAUCAGUCCAGCGUACGAAAUAAUGUUCUUUAUACAGUUCUUCUCCGGAUUCAUCAAGUAUACCAUCACGGUGGUGAUUUGCAGCCUAGCCGCUCUCUUCGUUAUGCAUACAUGUGGGCAACUUGAGAUACUGAUGACGUUAAUAAAUAGCUUGAUAAACGAAACAGAAGAAAAGAAUUUGGAUAAAAAGCUGGCCUUCACCGUGGAACAUCAGAUAAAGAUGCGAAAUUUCUUACGAUUGGUGCAAAGUACUUUGCAAUAUACGAGCUUAUUAGAAGUGAUGGGAUGUACGAUAAUUGUGUGUCUUCUAGGACACGAUGUCAUCACGGUGCGUCUAAAUAAUUAUGCAGUGAUAACAGAAUGGGAAGAUCAAAAUGUUAUAUCUAUGUGUUCCUAUCUUAUUCUGCUCACAUCAAUUGGAUUCAAUAUUUAUAUCUUUUGUUUUAUCGGUGAACAACUUUCCAUAGAGGGAGAGAAAUUAGCAUUAACAGUAUGUACAAUGGCUUGGUACCGUCUUCCGAAUGCAAAAGCACGAGCACUGAUAUUAGUUAUAGUCACGUCGAUUGUCCCGGCAAAACUAAAAGCCGGAAAAUUCUUCGAUUUGUCCAUCAGAACUUUUGGUGAUGUUGUUAAAACGGCUGUGACAUAUCUUAAUUUUAUUCGAAAAAUGAUGGAAUAA